UAAACCCUUCAAAUAAACAAAACAAGAACCGUGAACUCUCUCAGCUCUGAAAAUUUUUUCUGAUUCGCAGCCAAAAACACACGCACACAGAAAGAUGGGAAAGAAAGCGAAAUCGAAAGAGGGAAGCGAAAAUAGAGCUAAAACCGAGCAUUCACCUUCCACUGUUUUCGUCUCCAACUUACCCUACUCUUUCACGAAUUCUCAGCUUGAGGAGACUUUCAGCGAUGUAGGGCCAGUGAGGCGGUGCUUCAUGGUUACGCAGAAGGGGUCAACUGAGCACCGUGGUUUUGGUUUCGUUCAAUUUGCUGUUACUGAAGAUGCGAACCGUUCUAUUGAGCUGAAGAAUGGUUCAUCUGUUGGAGGUCGGAAAAUUGCAGUCAAGCAUGCUAUGCAUCGAGCUCCCCUUGAACAGCGUCGAUCAAAGCAAGGCCAAGUGGUUCAGUCGGAUGAUAAUGCCAAGUCAAAAAGUGACAAGGAUGAUAGUGCUUCUGGGGCAGAAAAGCCUGCUUCAAACUUGGAGGAAACAGAGAAACCCGUGGAAGCCAGAAAAGCAGGAACACUUUCUAGUAAUCUGGCAAAUAAAGAGGGUUCUUCAGAAAAGAAAAAGGCUGCGAGGAUACUUUCUAGUAAUCUGGCAAAUAAAGAGGGUUCUUCGGAAAAGCAAAAGGUUGCUAGGACACUUUCUAGUAAUCUGGCAAACAAAGAGGGUUCUUCGGAAAAGCGAAAGGUUGCUAGGACACUUUCUAGUAAUCUGGCAAACAAAGAGGGUUCUUCGGAAAAGCAAAAGGUUGCUAGGACUGUCAUAUUUGGUGGUCUUCUUGAUGCUGAUAUGGCGGAAGAUGUUCACAGACGAGCCAGAGAGGUUGGCUGUGUUAUUAGUGUAACUUAUCCUCUUCCAAAAGAAGAGCUUGAACAACAUGGUCUUGUGCAAGACGGAUGCAAAAUGGAUGCUUCAGCUGUGCUUUAUACUAGUGUUAAAUCAGCAAAUGCUUCUGUUGCUAUGCUCCACCAGAAAAAGAUAAAAGGGGGAGUUGUUUGGGCACGUCAGCUGGGUGGGGAGGGUUCCAAGACUCAGAAAUGGAAGCUUAUUAUUAGAAAUCUUCCUUUCAAGGCCAAAGUGGAUCAGAUAAAGCAUGUUUUUUCACCAGCAGGGUUUGUCUGGGAUGCUUUUAUUCCAUGUAAUCCUGAUACAGGAUUGUCGAAAGGUUUUGCAUUUGUCAAAUUCACAUGCAAAAAGGAUGCCGAAAAUGCCAUUCAGAAGUUCAAUGGGCAAAUGUUUGACAAAAGACCCAUAGCUGUUGACUGGGCUGUUCCAAAGAAAUUAUAUAACAGUGGUGCUAAUGCCGUUCUUGCUACAGAAGAUGGACAACAAGAUGGAAAAGACAUGGAAGGUGACAGUAGCAGUGAGGAUUUCGAGGGGGAGGAGGAAAAUAUUGGUAAAGAAUCCCAGCAGACUGAUGACAUUGAUAGUGCGUCAGAUGACUUAAAUAUAACAGAGAAAGAAGACGUCCCUGCGGAAAUUGAUUUUAACAAGGAAGCAGAUAUUGCAAGAAAGGUUCUUAAUAACUUGAUCACACCCUCUGUUAAAGGAACUCUUCCUUCUCCAGUUGACGAUUCAAUGCUUCCCAAGGGAAAUGAGGAACUAAAUUCUGAUGAAACCGUCGGUGCAGCAAAUAAUUUACUUAAUGAAUCUGGAAAAGUAUCAGGUGUUACUGAGCCCAGAAACUCCAGCACAAGCAUGGCAUCAAAUCUAAAACAGAAAGAAGGAGAAGAGGAUUUGCAGAGAACAAUUUUUAUAAACAACCUUCCAUUUGACAUCAAUAACGAAGAAGUGAAACAACGGUUUUCUGGAUUUGGGGAAGUACAAUCCUUUUUUCCAGUCCUCCAUCAUGUUACCAAGCGCCCAAAAGGAACUGGUUUUCUCAAGUUCAAAACGAUAGAUGCAGCUACUGCUGCAGUUACAGCUGCAAAUGUAGCAUCUGGUUUGGGAAUUUCUUUAAAAGGUAGGCAAUUGACAGUUUUGAAGGCAUUAGAUAAAAAAUCAGCUCAUGAUAAGGAAGUGGACAAGGCCAACAAAGAGGUUCUGGACCCCCGUAACCUUUACCUGGCAGAGGAAGGUCAUAUUGAGGAGGGAACUCCGGCUGCAGAAGGAGUUUCAGCUAGUGACUUGUUGAAACGCAAAAUGUUGAAGAGGGAAAAGAAGACUAAGCUUAAAUCUCCAAAUUUUCAUAUUUCAAAGACUAGGCUUAUUAUGUAUAAUAUACCAAAGUCAAUGACCGAAAAAAAACUUAAAAAGCUUUGCAUUGAUGCGGUUACCUCCCGAGCUACAAAGCAAACCCCAGUGAUUAAACAGAUAAAGUUCUUGAAGGAUGUGAAGAAAGGAAAGGUUGUUACAAAAAACCAUUCUCGUGGCGUUGCUUUUGUUGAGUUUACAGAGCAUCAGCAUGCACUUGUGGCCCUCAGAGUUCUUAACAAUAAUCCUGAAACUUUUGGUCCGGAAUAUCGCCCAAUUGUGGAGUUUGCUCUUAAUAAUAUUCAGACAUUGAAGCUACGGAACGCUAAGAUACAUGCUCAGCAGCAUGGUAUCCGUGAUGAUCAAAACGAUGUGAAGCAAGGUGAUGAUGCACAUCCGGACAAACAGAACUCCAAGAAAAGGAAAUCCAGAGGUGACGAUGGAUCAGUGAAGGGUUCAGUAUCUAAUAAAGAGGAAAAUCAUGUAUUCAAUAGAGCUGCCACUGAAGGACGUGGAUCUGCUAAGAAGCAAAAAGGCAAUCCUGCAAGUGCAAAGGCGAAAGAGUUUUCAUCUAAAGAAAAACCAGAGGGCUCCAAAUGGAACUCCAAAAAUCAACAAGAUGGCAGGAAUCCUGAUAGUGGAAGAUCACUCGAUAGAAAAAUGACAGAUAGUGAUGCCCACAAAUCAAAAUCUUCAGAGGACGCAGUUGUGCAACUGAAAAAGAGGAAGCUGCAGGACCAAACAGAACAGCAGAAGAAAAACAGAGAUUUGAAGGACAGGAGGAGGUCAAAAAAGACUAAAGUCCCAGUGGGGAAAGACGAAAAAGAUAAGCUUGACAUGCUAAUUGAGCAAUAUAGAUCCAAGUACUCACAGAAGAGAUCUCAGAAAAGUGAUGAUGAAAAGCAAGGUUCUAGACAGCUUAGAAAAUGGUUCCAAUGAUAACUAUCUAUUUGCAGGUUUUGUCAAAUUUUGUGAUAAGCUAAUUCUAUAUAGAAAUUUGAUGCAAUUGUUAUAAAUUUUGACAACUGUGUGGAACUUAAAGGGUCUUGAAUCCUACGAUCUGUUGUAUCUAUAUACUUAACUCUGCUCCAA